CCUCACCUGAAUCUCUACUAUGAGCCUACUCCAGAAAUCUACAGCACGUUCCUUAGGUAUCAGCAGACAGCAUGCUUAUAUCUCAGUUAAUAAAUUGGCUCUCUCUACAGUCUACAUGUCAACGCUAACCGCUUCCAGGAAGCGGGAGAGCCUUGAUCCAGCACUUCAUACUGACAAGUACCUAGUAGGGACCCCUCACCCAGUUUCUAAUCUUCGUCCCAUCAAAUAUCCUGUUCCCGAGAAUGAGUCCCAAGAAGACCGUGCUUUCCGAGAAAGAUGUGAGCGUGUUGAUGCGUUCAACCAAAAUUUUUGGGUCAACAAUAAUGCAAUGUUCAAUAAAGCCAAGGCGAAUUACGAAGAGAAGAUUCGUGCACAAAAUGGCAACCAACCUGUGACGACAGAAGAGUUAUCUAUCUUCUAUAAAGACUUUCUGGAUAAGGCAUAUGAGCGACAAAUGAAUUAUAACCGACAAUGGUGGAUUGAGAAUAUCGGCCUCUUGCUACCAGCAUUCAAGGCUGCUAUCCGUAAGCGAGCCUUCAAGAAUAAAUAGCUUACACUCAGCCGUGUAAAACAAUUAUGUAAGAUCGUAGAAUGCAGAACAUUUAGCCCCCCACCACCUUCC